UCCAAGCGUCGAAUUUCAUUCUCCUUUUGUAGUAUUUUGUAGUAUUUGUAGUUCGAUACGAUUUAACCCAGAAGCAUGGAGGAUCCUGCGUCCAGUCCCAGCAAGUUCCAAAUGAGCAAAUAUCGAUUCAACAAAUGGGAUGAUGAGUUCUCCUCCUUUUGCAUCAAGAAGGCCAAGCUGGACAUCCGCAAUUGGUCCACUGAAGCCGUCUCCUACAAGGUAGAGAAUGCGCUCGUUGAGGACGAUGAUUUCGAUGGAUCGUUAAUGUCGCAAGAAUCAAGCUUUAGCCAGGAGCAGCUAAUGGAUGGUGUGCGGCCGCUCGCGAGCGGAACGAUCCUUAACGAUAGUGCUCUGGCUGGCCAGAGCUCGUCAAUGAGCAGAUUGCUAAACGAACCGAUCGGCGGAUCAAUGCCGGAUUUCGUAGCCGAGCAAGAAAUUGAACUGAAUCAAAAUGCGUGGCUCAACGAACGAAGCCGCCAGAAACCAGUGAUUCAGCCAAAGGCUACGGAUUCACCUGCCGUAAAGCCACCCUCUCUGAAGCCACUGUCGAAACUGUUGGCCACCGCGUCCACCAUGGUUCCGAGGCGCAAUCCUCGGAAAUCAAUGUACCCCAAUUCAUUUGGCGGCUCCUCUCAGGGAACUUCUUCACAGGGCACUGCUGCAAAGGUGGUACUACCCAAUCUAGGAACGUUGCUCACUCUAAAAUCAAAAGAAUUGGAUUGCUUGAAUCCUAAACUGGAGGACAACCUGUUACCCGUAAAACGUGAACCGAUCAAUCAGCUUGAUCAGCGAUGGUUGAAUCGUCAAUCCUCGGGCAGCGGCAAUGCAGGAGAAGACACCGUAAAACCAUCUGCAGUUGGUGCCAACCUCGGACGUUCGACUAGCAGCACCUCCAGCACUGGCCCCAGAUCGUAUGGACGGCGGAACGUUAAUGUAGCAGCAUUAGCAUCCACUGGUAGCUUCGGUCUGUCUUCAGUGAGUCUGCUGGAUCGUCCAGAACCAACGCCUUCAGCGGCCAACAGCAACAGCACGAUCACGGAUGGUUUGAUGGCUCAAACAACGGCAUACGAUCGACCGGCCGCCGUUCAAUCCGAUUCCGAUGACGGUGGGGAGGAGAAUUCGGAUGAUACAUCUCCAGCAAUGUUGAACGUGGCCAAGAAAAGGAAAGUGUUGGCCGAAAAGGACAUGAUCGAAAUCACAUGCCUAAAAUUGAAUGCGAUGCUUUCCUUGAAGCGCAUAAAGGCCGGCCAGAAACAAUGUGUUCUUUUCAAUAACACAUGGGACACCCGUAUCAAUUUUAUGCGUCAGGCAGGCUGUCCCCAUCGCGAUUGGCGAAGAGGAAUUAGAUACAAUGGCAAAACGCUGCGUUAUUGGAUGAAUCGUGGUGUUAUCACGCUUCCAGCAAAAACAGGUACGACACGACGAUCAGAAGUAGAAAAGCUCACCGCGGAGCUCGCGGAGACAAAGAAGCAGCUGCAUGAGAUGAAAUUGAAGCUAUUAAAAAUGGAGACCCUUCAAAUGAGCCAAAACCAGAAAAACUGGGGCUGGGCAAACAAGUGUAGCAUUUGCGGUGGAUCGCCGUUAGCCAGAUGCUCAAGGUGUAAGCAGGCAUGGUAUUGCGGGACAGAGUGCCAAAAAAUAGAUUGGCCCUGCCACAAAUUCCUCUGUUUCUUACCAUAACACCAG